AUGUAUGAUGUAACAGGGACAAAAGCAGAAACAUCUGAAGUCCGAAGUCUAUUACUUACAGAGUCUAAGAAACCACAGUAUCAUAGUCCUUCCAAAGCUGAAGACAUAGGCAGCAGUGUUAGUGAAUUAGUCGACAUUAAUGCAAGCCCAUUACCAGGUGGGAAUAUUCAAACACCUGACAAUUCUCAUCAUCUUAGUGACACUAAUGACAAAGUUGCAUUCAACAAUGAUUCUAAUACACAAAAGUUUGUCAAUACCACAGUUCCAUCUAGGUCCACAUCUCAAUCUACAUCAACAAAUGUACCUGACAGCGAUAACAGUGAUGCGCCAGUGAAUAAGACUGAUGUAAAUAUUUCCGUCAAUGAAACAUUGGAUGGUUCAGAAGAACACAGUGGUGAUCACAUGAAAUCUAGUGUUACUUACAUCCGCAUUAAUAAUCUAUUCAAGAUGUCAGGAAAUCAUUCAGAAUCGGAGACAAUUGUGUCAUCGUCAGUUGUUACAAAUAUACCCAAUAUCACAGAACUUCCAUCCAAGCAGGUUCAAACGUUUGAGGAAGAUAAAACCGCAGAUUCUUUGACAGCUAAUCAUAUAAUAAAUGAAGGCGAAACAUCAACAUGUAAUAGGUUAGUAGAUUCAUCUGAUAACCUACGCUAUAAUCUGGCAGCCAGCGAUCAACCAAAUGAAACGUUUGAGCACUUAUCGAGUGGGCUACGGGAAGAUAAAACUAUUGAGCCUUCAUUUAACUAUCCUUCGGAAACAAAAGAUUACCAGAGUGAUGAUAUUUCUACAACGAAUCAUGUUACCGAUCAAUAUGGUUUGGACACAUUUACGGAAGGUAAAGACACUCCUGAUGAGUUAGUCAAGAAUCACUUAUUUUCUGAUCAACAAACUGAGGUAAAUGCAUUUCAGAUGUCGCCCUUCAGUCAAACUGGGGAUUAUAACACAGUUGCUCAUAAGAAUUUUGAUGCACUUACUGUGGGUAAUGAUAACUCCUUGAAUGCACAAAGCCUUUCGCAAUCAAAAGUCGAAUCAUUGACAGAUCCCAAGAUCAAUAAUAAUGGGAAACAGUCUAAUACGGAGUGUGUCAAUGUAUUAAUUAGCGGAAAAGAACAAUCGGUUGACUCUGGAACUAACCGGUUCAAUAUUAUGGGGUCCUUCUUACCAAAACAGGCAGAAGCUGCUGAGUCGACGGUUAUCUUUACUAACUUUGCCACUAAGGAAGAACUUGAAAAUGCUCAUUCUUCUGCAGUUAGUGAGAUUUCUAGUCAGCAACCGCCUACUUUUAAUGAACCAUUUCCUGACCGGAAUACUACGGAUGAUCACACUGAAAGUAAUACUUCAAGGUCUUCUUCCUUGAAAACGCAUGACUACCGGUCCCCCGAAGAAGAUGCAUUGGUUACAGAAAUUUAUUAUAACACUGAUGAAAUGGCUUCUUCAUCAGGUAGUCAAGUGGCCGCUAAAAACGUUGAGGAUGAUUUCAUAAAGUCAAGUAGAAACUUACAUUUCGUCACUUUCGACUCGUUCAAAAAUGCAGAAACAACUGUUAAACCUCAACAGGCUAUUACCAAUUCCACAGCUGCUAAUUUUUCGUCCAUUAUUUCUCCGAUAACAGUAGAUGCUGCUCAGUAUUCAGUUGCUCUGGUUAAUAUUCCAGUAAACGAAGACGACACUUUUGAAAAUGUUCCACUAGUAAGUGAAAUAUCGCCUCUAAUCGGUAGGCUGGAACAAUCGGAUAUUUUAACAUCGUCGAUGCCUCAUACAAGUUAUUUUCCAGUUUUAAAUUUAUCUGAAUUCGAAGAUAAGGAUUCUACGAGCAAACCAGAAACGCUACCUGGAGAGAAAGCCAACAAUGUUAGAGCUGAUCAUCAGAAGACCUUAGGGCAUGAAAGUCCUAUAAAAAGUGGAGAAGCACAGUCUGAAAUCCACAUAUUUACAUCUUACGGUAAAGAGACUAGCGAUCGAGAGGAUUCCGUUGACUCAUGUCUAGUCAAUCCAGUGAAAAUCUGUGCCUUAUAUGAAUCAAACGAUGGCAGACCACAAGAAAAUGUUAACAAUGACGGUGAUACACUCCUAAGCUAUAAGGCGAAGCCUUCUUCACUCACGGAUAAGAAUAAUACAACAGUUGACAGUGAUAAUUCGGAUAACAUAGUAACCGAUUUUAAAGGCAGUCAGUCUACACCCCCUUUGAGUUGGAUUAGUGAACGAUCAGAUUAUUCAAAUAUGACUUAUUCACCCACUGUGUAUUUGUGUAACUCUGAAACCAGCCUAGAGAUAUCACCAUCUCUGAUAAACUCUUCGUCACAAUUAGAAAGCGAUACUAACAUGACAGAUAAUACUGCCCGUUGGCUAAAUCACAGUUUAAAUGGUGUUGAGUUCGGUGAACAGACUGUAAGAUCCAUUCUAGUCGACAAUAAUACUGAAGAUGAUAGAAAGACACUGGCUAUUUUUUCACCACUUCAAACGUUAUCACAAUCAUCAUCAACGGAAGAGAAAGCAGUUGCAGACGAAGAAGACAGUUCAACAGCUCAGAUAUAUGUGGAUGAUAAAUAUAUCCUUCAAUUGUCACAGCGCAGUAGAAUCAGUGAUCAUGUCUCAAAAUCUGAAACUGAUGAAAAUGCAAAUGGAAGUAUAUGUCACAAACGUUUCAUUUUCACUGGAUACGCUUACAACAUGCUCACCUCAUUCUUUCAUUUAG